GCUGCUCGGUAGAAGACUGUCAAAGAGUGUAGUUGCUGUUUUUUUUGGCAGAUGCUUUUGACGAGAAACAAUGGACGAAUCAUUAUCAACCCACAGGAGCAAACGUCAAAAAGUAGACAAAACAGGUCGAUUGUCUGCUCUUGAACGGUUUAAACAGCUAAAAGGCAGUAAAAACAAGUACGAGGUCAAUGAUAUAGACAAUAUCUAUGAUGAGGUUGAGGAAUCAGAAUAUAGCAAAACUGUUCUCAAGAGGCAGUGCGAUGAUUGGAUUGUUGAUGAUGGUGGAGGUUCAGGCUAUGUGGAAGAUGGCCGUGAAAUCUUUGACGACGACUUGGAUGAUGAAAGCGUCCAAAAAGCAUCUAAGAAUCAUGAUCAUACCAAAGGGCCACGUAAACGUAAGCGAGAAGCUGAUACAAAAAAACCAAGUAGUAGCAUCACUAGCAUGUUUUCUAGUAUGGCUAACAAAAAGAAAGCCAGUGAUAGAAUCACGGAUGAAAACGAUGAUUUCCUUGGUGAUCUUAUGUUAGAACUGGACAGAGAUAAGAAGGGCUCGGAAAAUGAGAAACAAACGCCGAGAUUUAACAAGUUUGCUGUAAAGAAGCCACCUACUGAGAUCGAUGAUAACAAACUAUUUGCAAAUAUGAUAAAAGAGACAGCAAAACCAAAACAAAAAACUCUCUUAGAUGAUUUAGAUGACCAGAUCCUUUAUGACAAACCAGAUCGAACACCGAAACCAAAGAUCAAGCAUACUGAAAUUCUAGAUUCACCACUGAAUAAAGAUGAAAUUAACCGGUUGAAACCCAAGAUCAAGCAUAUUGAAAUUCUAGAUUCACCAUUGAACAAAGAUGAAAUAAACGUUCUCAAAACAACCAAAAUUUCUGAACCUACUGAUUCCAUAAUGGAAGCGGAAAGCCUGGAUUUCGAUGAUGAUUUUGGAGCUGAUGAUUUCUCGACUGCUGCAUCAUCUAUUUGCACUUCAACUAGCACCGUCAAAAAUUCAAAAUCAUUAUUUAAUAGCACUGCAAGUUCAGUGAGGCAGAGCAUGAACAGCGCUGAUAUUACUAGCGAGAGUACUAAUGGAGAAGAUUUGAAUCAAUAUAUUGGAGAUAUCUCCGACAUUGACUUUGGCAACACCGAGAUGGACACAUCGGUGACGCAGCCAGUCAACACAUCUCAAAUGUGGAAAGAGAAAGACGCAGACAAACACGACGAGAACAUAUUCGCGAAAAUCUGGGAAGUCGAGUUUACGCAAGUAUCAAAGUUAAUCUCGUCAAAAAUAUCAGUCACGGAAGAUAAACCUCUUCCGCUGCCAACGAUAACGAAUGAAGCUGGUGAAAAGAUCUUUCGGUUCUUUUGGUGGGAUGCUUUUGAAGAUGCCUAUAAGCAACCUGGUGUGGUUUACCUCUUUGGUAAAGUUUUCGUGAAGAGCUUGAACGAAUAUGUUUCGUGCAGUCUUGCUGUCAAAAAUAUACCGAGAAGGAUAUAUCUGCUGCCGAGGGAGACUGCGAGAAAAAUAGAAGAUGACGAUUACGAUGACGAGAUCAACUUUGGCGAUAUCCACACAGAGUUCAAUGAACACCUAAAAGCUUUGAGAAUUGACGAAUUCCGUUAUCGUAAUGUUAAAAAGAAGUACGCCUUUGACCGCCCUGAAACACCAUUUGAAACUGAAUACCUCGAGGUGCGUUACCCCGCGAAAUAUCCUCCCAUAGAUCCUAAUUAUUCGAGCAAACUCAUCGAGGCAGUGUUUGGUACAUCUGUCAAUGCUUUGGAAUUACUUUUGAUCGAGAGAAACAUCAAGGGACCAUGUUGGUUGGACGUUAAAGCUGCUGUGCCGGCUAGUAAUCCCUACAGUUGGUGCAAGGUUCAGGCAAACUGUUUGAAACUGGAGCUUGUCACAGUGACACCUCAGCAACUCUCCUUGAUACCACCAGUAUCCAUAGCCACAUUAAACAUUCAAGUAUCUUUGGACCCUAAACAACAGAAGAAUGAAAUCGCAAAUAUUGGUAUGUUACUUCAUCAUAAAUUUCAACUAGAUAAAGCUCCGCCGAAGCCGCCGUUUGAAACACAUUAUUGCUUGGUUACGCAUCCAAAAUGCACUGGCUGGCCAAUGAAAGCUCGCGACCACCUUGCCAAAAUUCAGCAAACUAAAGUAAUAGUUUGUGAAACAGAACUCGAGUUGUUAGAACGUUUCUUAGAGAUACUUCGUACUUCCAAUCCAGAUAUAAUUGUUGGUUAUGACAUUGGUUUUCAAUUUGAGGUCCUUAUGAGUAAAAUUUAUGAACUCAAAGUUAGAAACUGGAGCGUUGUUGGCAAACUCAGACGUGCUGCGCCGACUUACAACAAGGGGAAAAUGAUGUUCGGGCAAAUCUUUUGCGGUCGUCCGAUUUGCGAUAUUACCAACUCAGCAAAAGAGCUGAAUUUGAAAGUCAGGAGUUAUGAUCUCACUUCACUCUGUGUUGCUGUAUUAAACAAAAAAGAAUACGAAUGUAAAGAAAUCAAACCAGAGGACUGUUCUAAAUUCUAUAUAUCUACAGAAAAACUAGAAAAUCUUAUCCAAACGACUAUGGUUGAAGCUUCGUACAUACUUUCUAUCGUAAUUGAGCUAAACAUUCUCCCUUUAGCAUUGCAAAUAACCAACAUCGCUGGUAACACAUUGUCAAGAACGUUGUCAGCUGGUAGAGCGGAAAGAAAUGAGUUUUUACUCCUUCACGCGUUCUAUAACAAAGGUUACAUUACACCAGACAAAAGGUCGAUGAAGAAGAAGGACGAUAAUGAAGCUAAGGCUAACAAGAAGAAACCUCAGUAUGCUGGUGGUUUAGUUUUAGAGCCAAAAAAGGGAUUGUACGAUACAUUGAUUCUGUUGAUGGAUUUCAACUCAUUGUAUCCGAGUAUUAUCCAAGAAUUUAAUUUGUGCUUUACUACGGUGUCUGGCGCUGCUUUUGCUCCUCUUGAGGACUUAGCAUUACCGGAAUCGUCAGUCGACGCCGGAAUUAUACCAACAGAAAUCCGUAAACUCGUCCAAAGUCGAGUUGAAGUGAAGAAGUUAAUGAAAGCACCAAAUCUCACACCCGAGUUAAAAAUGCAAUAUAACAUUCGUCAAUUGGCUUUGAAACUCACAGCCAACUCGAUGUACGGUUGCUUAGGAGCAACUCACUGUCGUUUCUAUGCCAAAGGUCUUGCUGCACUUGUUACUAUGAAAGGUCGUGAAAUUCUACAGAGCACCAAGUCCCUCGUUGAGAAGGCUAAUUACGAUGUAAUCUAUGGUGACACCGAUUCAAUAAUGAUAAAUACAAACAUCGUGGAGUACGACCAGGUGUUUAAUAUCGGCAAGGAGAUUAAAAAAGAAGUCAACAAGAUGUACAAGAAGGUCGAGCUUGACAUUGAUGGUGUUUUCAAAAAGCUUCUACUGUUGCAGAAGAAAAAAUACGCAGUGCUUACAAUGACGAAACUACCGAAUGGACAAAUACAAACGAACAAAGAACUCAAAGGUUUAGAUAUUGUCAGGAGGGAUUGGUGUGGUCUCGCCUGUGACAUCGGAAAUCAAGUCAUUGAUCAACUAUUGAGCGAUGAAAGUAGCGAGACUCGUAUCAAUAAUAUCUUCGAAACACUGCAAAAUAUCGGUAAUAGUUUGCGCGAGGGAAAACUUCCUUUAUCUUGUCUUGUAAUUACCAAACAGUUAUCGAAGAAUCCAAAUGAAUACGGUGGUGAUAAGAAGCAGUCGCACGUUACUGUCGCGUUGAGACUUAACGAGAGUGGUGGUCGUAAAUGGAAAGCUGGCGAUACGGUUCCUUAUAUCAUUUGCCUGGACAAUACAGAUAAAUCGGCACAUGAAAGGGCUUAUCACAUUGAAGAAUUCAAAAAGAGUAACAAGUUAAAAGUAGACGUCAAUUACUAUUUGUUGAAUCAGAUACACCCUGUCAUCAUGAGAAUUUGCGAGCCUAUCGAGGGUAUCGACGAUGUCGUACUUGCUCAAUGUUUAGGGGUCGCAGAUUUAUACAAACCAAGAAAAGUCUAUUCGAAUCAAGAGGCAGGCGAGGUACCGCUUUGCGUUCAAGAUAACCGCUUCGAUAAAUGCCACCCGUUUAGGUUCACUUGUAGAAAUGAAAGCUGCAAAACUGAGAUGGAAAUCAAGACUGUUCUUACCGAAAUUGAUGGUGUUGUUCGACCAUCGUUAGAAAUGUGUUCAAAUCCUGAGUGUCACAUGGCACCUUGGAAAUAUGCUUUUGCUAUACAAAAUAAAGUUCAGUUGGAUAUUAGAAAGUUCAUUUCGGAGUAUUAUUAUGGCGAAGCCGAGUGCGAGAAUCCUGCUUGUUUAAACACCAUGAGAAGGAUUACUUUGGAUACUGCAGGCUCGUAUCCCAAAUGUUACCAUUGUCUCGAUGGAAAUGUGCACAGAAUUCACAAAGAAACGGAACUAUACAACCAACUUAGCUUUUACCUUCAUCUGUUCACAUUAGAUCAGGCACAUUUGAAAAGUCUGAAGCCAACACCGCAGCGUGAACUAAUUUUCGUGUACGAUCAUCUUAAGGAAUUUAUUGAGAAACAGAUACAGUGCAAUGCUUACUCCGUGGUCGAUCUGACCAAACUCUUCUGGCCAAAUCUCCAAGAAAGCGAUAUUGACGCUUUAACUGUUGUCGAAGAAGUGCCACUUACUGUAGAAAAUUUUAUUGAAGACGACGAAGACAUUGAAGAGAAUGACGAAGAGUAAAUACGGCUGUUAAUUAUUCUAUUAAGUUAUUGCAUAGUUUUAAGGAGUAACAGUAGAAAAAAUGUAAUCUGUAAAGAAAUUCCUUUUUUUUGUGUUUGACAUACUUUUAUACAAAU